AAAAAUCAUUGGAGUAAUAAAUAAGCCAAAUUUCUAUAUUUCAAGAUAUCAGUAUAUCGAUUGAAGUUUUUUUCGAUCUUUGUCGAUAUUGCUUGGUGACACAGAACGAGAAUUGGCAACGGAAGUUAGAUUCUUUGGAACAGGUCCGCGACUAAUCAAGAGCAGAACGAUACUGGGUGAAAUUCGGAUCGGUGUGAUGCACACCAGCAAUGAAGCUUACAGCGUUAGGUAAUAUUUUAUGUGAACGCUUGGGACCAAAUGUGAAAGGAAAUCUUGAUUCAGGAUAGGCACUUGUAAGAUUCUGUAAAAAUGUCAAACUUCGACCGGCACUCGUAUCUUUUGGCCGAAAUGGAAGACACAGAAGAUUACCACCUGGCCGUAGAUUACGGGUCGGCGGAACAUAAGCGGGCCUCAACCAUGCCGUCACAGGGUUCACUGUUCACCAAUUUUGAGGAAGUUCAGCUUACAGACGAGGAGAGAGUGUACCUGAAUGCAGCCUCCAUGGGGGACGUGGGCAUUGUUCGCCAGUCUUUGGAGGAACCGGAUGGGGCCCUGAACGUUAACUGUGUGGAUUACAUGGGGAGGAACGCUCUACACCUCGCAAUAGACAGCGAAAAAAUUGGGGUUAUUGAGAUUCUAAUCGACAACCUGAACUUUAACUGUAUAGAGGAGGCUCUGCUACAUGCAAUUAGUAAAGGCGCAACGAAAAUCGUUAAACUAAUUAUUGAACACCCAAACUUCAUGGCGGGUGAGGAUAGGUUCAAAAGUUUCGGAGUAACUGAGGCAUUUUUCAGGACAGAAGAGAAAAGUCAAUUUCCUCCCGACAUUACACCUUUGAUUUUAGCUGCUCAUUAUAAUAACCAUGAAAUUGUUCAAAUGUUUUUGUCCAGGAAUCACAAAAUUGAAAAACCACAUUGCAUAUCAUGUGCGUGCACAGACUGCGCAACAAAACAGAACUAUGAUGCUUUAAAGAGAUCGCGGUCUCGCUUGAAUGCAUAUCGGGCACUUGCUAGCCCAGCGUACAUGGCGCUAUCAAGCCCAGACCCUAUCAUGACUACCUUUGAACUUCGACAGGAAAUGAUGAAAUUAGCAGAAGUGGAAAAGGAAUUUAAGAGCGAAUACCUGGCACUGCUGGAACAGUGUAUGAACUUUGCCUGUGAAUUGAUUGAUCUCUGUCGAGGUACGCAGGAAGUUGAGGCGGUGGUGAGUGAGGGUACCGGCUGCGGGGAACCUCUAGCCCGACUUAAAAUGGCCAUCCGAUAUCAGGAAAAGAAGUUUGUGGCCCACCCUAACUGCCAGCAGCACAUGACGACUCUCUGGUACGGGUCAGAGAUGAGCUUCCUUCAGUCUCUCAGUCUGUGGAAACAACUUGCCUUCAUCCUUCUUUUUCUUCCAUGUAUUCCGUUUCUAUGUGUCGCAUACAUCAUUUUUCCAAACACGAAACCAGGGGAGGUAAUGCGCUGUCCUGUGACAAAGUUCAUCACACAUGCCACGUCACAUAUAUGUUUCCUCAUUUUAUUGGCUGCUGCAACAUUUCGACUGACGGAGAGCGGCGUCACCAUAACAACCACAUUUGAUAUACACAACCCAACAUUCGAAUCUCUAACCAAAGAUGAAAAAAUACAGAGUUUAUUAAAGGAAACUCUAAGGCCUGCAAAUACCUUGUUAACCCAUGUUCAACUGUGUAUUGUAUUUUGGAUUCUAGGAUUGUUGUGGAUAGAGUGUAAACAACUGUACAGCAUAGGUCUGAGGGCGUAUAUCACGGUCUACCAGAAGCUGAUCGACUUCAGCGUACUGUCCAUGUACCUAGCUUCCUAUGUUCUGCGCUUCUUCACAGAGUACAAGAUAUCUCAGGCCGACAGGUGUUUUAAUGGUACUCACGUGGCGCGAGAACUCCUCUGGCAGGAGAACUAUACCUAUUUCAACUGGAAACUUGACGAAAUAAAGAGCACACGGAAUGCGCCGAUGAAUUAUUUCAUGGAGGCAUCGCGGUUUCAUUGGAAGCCCAACGACCCAGAAAUCGUAUCGGAUGUUCUGUUUGCCAUUGCAAAUGUGAUAAGUUUUGCAAGAACCACCUACCUCAUGCCUGCAUUUGAGGUCCUCGGACCUCUGCAGAUUUCUCUGGGGCGAAUGAUUGGAGACAUAACGAGAUUUAUGGUUUUAUUUACCCUGGUUCUGUUUGCUUUUAUGGUUGGUCUCCAUAAUCUAUACUGGUACUAUGGUGCGCAGCGAAUUAAAAUGGUUCUUAACGAGAAAACCAUAUAUGUCCACGCCGCGGAGGCUUUCCAAGGUUUACGUCAGACGUUUUACAGUCUGUUCUGGUCAAUGUUCGGACAGGUCAGCAUCAGUGACAUUAUCGUCAGACAUCCAGGCCCCACGGGAGAGCGUAGUUGUGUACAAAUUGACGGAGGAAAAAUUAUGUGUACAGAAGAAAUUCGCAACGAGUCAGUGUAUGGGGGACCGACACCUGAGUCUGUUAACAUGGAGAGAAGCACAGACAUAGUAGAGCAAGUCGGCAUGUACCUGUUCGCUCUUUAUCAUGUCGUCAUCAUCAUCGUGUUAAUCAACAUGUUAAUUGCCAUGAUGAGUCAUUCCUUUGAGGACAUUCAGACUGAUUGUGACGUAGAAUGGAAGUUUGCGAGGACGAAGCUGUGGCUGAACUAUAUGGACGAGGGCAGUACCCUCCCGGUACCUUUCAACAUGAUCCCUACCCCCAAGUCUUUGUGCUACGCCUGGAGGUUCUGUAAAGACCUGCUGGCCAUAUCGGACGUGUCAUGGCUGGAAUACCAAAAGAACAAAAAGCAGACCUUUAUUAAGAAAAGGAGAGAACGGGUGUGUAAGACUCUUGACCUGAAAGUAGAGGACACCUCCUAUAGUGACAUCAUGCAAAGGCUGGUCAAAAGAUACCUCUUCAAGAUGGAGCGUGCCAAAGAUGAAAAAGAGAUAGUUAAAGAUGGAGUGCCUAAUUUGAGGAACGAGGAUGUUGAAAUUGUAGAGACAAAUGACACUCCCCCUCCAGUACCGGACGCUCCUAGCAGAAUUCCGUAUGCCACGCCCAUUCACGAGGAGGAUGAGGAUGACACACAUCCUAUCAAUAAAAAUCUCAGGUCAGGAGUUGGAUCAAAACGGAAGUUAUGCGGUCGUUCAAACAUGCGCAGAGUGUCCAGCAGUGUUGCUCCUCCUCCCACAACGUUAGUGAUACCACAACUUGAUGCUAUUCAACGAUCACAGAAACUGUUAGACGUUCGCUUACAACACCUUCAAGCUAAUAGUAAGGAGAACAAUCGUAUCAUAGACGAUAUUGAGUUCUUAAGGCGUGUCAUGACAGAGAAUCAGAAGGCGCUGUUCAAUAUAAUACACGCCCUUGGAAAUAUGCAAGGUGAAAUAGUGGACCUUGUCAAGUGCUUAUCAUCAACGCCAGUACCAGAUAAAAAUCAUAGUCAUAUGAACUCUUCGAAUUCUGUAUCCAAGUCUUCAGGGAAAAAGCGUACUAGUCACCAGGAUGACGAAGAAAGUGAAGUGUGACUUCCAUAGAGACAGGGUGGGUUGGGGAUUUCACCAGCUAAAUAAAUUAAGGAGCUUUUUAAGUUUGAAUAUAAAGAAUAUUUAUGAAUUUGUGUUCAAAAUAUUCACCCUCAACAUUUGACUCUAUUUUUUAAUUUGAUUAUUCAAAAUUCUGAGGAAAGGUUAAUAUUGAUUCGGCUAAGAAUAUUAUAUUAAUGGUAAAAUUUAAAGCAGCAAAGUGAUAUAUAUAUAUAUAUAUAUCGAAUCUGUGAUCUGUUAAAAUAUGAAGUAUUGGUUGUUAGAUCCUUGUUAUUUUACAUAGAAUAUUGUAAAAAAUGUUGUUUCGAUAAAACAUGGCAGUAAAAAUUGGCCAGUAUUGAACGGCUGUUUUUUUCCUUU